GUCCAGUUAGGUGAACGUUACGUGAUGACGUAGUCGUGUUUUGACGUUGAGUGUGACACACUGCCCCGUCAACUUGAGAGAGGCAAGGAAGGGAAAUUCAGGACCAGGGCUUGUUUUCACCAGCUAUUUAAUGUCCGUCAUGGCUCUGAGAGGUGCUCUGUUUCGUCUCUUGGUAAAUCCUCAGAGAUGUGCCAUCAUAUCAGCUUCCAGAUCACAGGGCACUGCAGCACCUGCCAGACAGGAUUCUCAGAAUACUGAUCUGAAGUACAAAUCACCUAAGGUUCAGUUCAACUGGCAGGAUGCCCUGGACCUGGAGGGUCAGCUGACGGAGGAUGAGAUCAUGAUCAGAGACUCCUUCCGGACCUACUGCCAAGAGAAACUCAUGCCUCGCAUUCUGAUGGCAAACAGAAAUGAAGUUUUCCACAGAGAAAUUGUAUCAGAAAUGGGAGAGAUGGGCGUCCUAGGUCCAACCAUUAAAGGUUAUGGCUGUGCAGGGACAAGUUAUGUGGCUUACGGUCUGAUAGCCAGAGAAGUAGAGAGAGUGGACAGCGGCUAUCGCUCAGUCAUGAGUGUGCAGUCAUCACUGGUUAUGCACCCCAUUAAUGCCUAUGGUACUGCGGAGCAGAAGGAGAAGUAUCUUCCAAGGCUGGCUCGGGGAGAGAUCCUGGGUUGUUUUGGUUUGACAGAGCCUAACCAUGGCAGUGACCCCAGCGGAAUGGAGACCAGAGCCAAGUACAACCCAUCCAGUCGUACAUACAGUGUCACUGGCUCAAAGACCUGGAUUACCAACUCCCCAGUGGCAGACAUCGCUGUCGUCUGGGCUAAAUGUGAUGACGGCAAGGUCCGGGGCUUCAUUUUGGAGCGUGGCAUGAAAGGCUUUUCCACACCAAAGAUUGAAGGAAAGUUCUCUCUUAGAGCAUCUGCCACUGGUAUGAUCCUCAUGGAUGAGGUGGAGGUCCCUGAGGAGAACCUGCUCCCAAAUGUCUCAGGCCUUGGGGGUCCUUUUGGCUGUUUGAACAACGCCCGGUACGGUAUUGCAUGGGGGUCUUUGGGUGCUGCAGAGUUCUGCUUCCAUGCGGCUCGUCAGUAUACACUUGACAGAAUCCAGUUUGGCGUGCCCCUGGCAAGGAAUCAGCUGGUACAGAAGAAAAUGGCUGACAUGCUGACAGAGAUCACCAUUGGCUUGCAGUCGUGUCUGCAGCUGGGAAGACUCAUUGAUGAGAAAAAAGCAGCCCCAGAGAUGAUCUCCAUGCUGAAGAGGAACAGCUGUGGUAAAGCUCUGGACAUUGCACGGCAGGCCAGAGACAUGCUGGGAGGAAAUGGCAUCGCAGAUGAAUAUCACAUCAUCCGCCACGUUAUGAACCUAGAGUCUGUCAACACAUAUGAAGGUACACAUGAUAUUCACGCCCUGAUCCUGGGCAGAGCCAUCACAGGGCUGCAGUCCUUCACUGUGGGCAAAUAGAUCUGUUCCCUUCGCAAUCUUAAUGGUACUCGCAUGUCAGCUCUGCAACGAGGCAUAAGCAGUUUGUCAUCUGCAUAUUGGCAUUGUUUGUUUUCUCUCAGGUUUGUAGAACAUUUAUAUUUUGAGUGCAUUGUUUGUAGAAAAGACACUAAACUUGUGAACUGUUGCAGAGUGUGAUGCAAUCAUAAGAGGGCUAUUUUUCUACUGUAAUUGUAACAUUGUGUUUCCCUCUUGUAUAGACAAAGCAAAAUUCAUUGAGUAGACUGCUGCCAUCAGUAUGAACAGUUUUAAAAUAGGUCACAAGCUUAACUGGCUGCUGUUUAGUUGGUACAGCUCUACAGUACUGUAAUUACAAAACAAAUGGAGUUUAAUUUUUCAUUGAAGUGUAAUUGAUUUGUCUCUGUAUUCAGACAUUACUAUACGUUUGAUGGAAAAUGUCAUCUUACUUAACUGAUCAGACAAUGUUGAUCCUGGAUUAUUCACUAAACUUUACCAGACAUCAAAGUUGUUGAUCAGAGAUUUCACUAAAUAAAAUCUAUUUAAAUUAUUCCAGGAGUGUAUAAAAUAAAGUGCAAGUUGAACAUGCACCAUA